AUGACCACUCAACUAUCCAGCAUUGACAGACAAUAUCAAAAGGCCCUUCGAAGCUUCUUGCUCAAGAAAUAUACCACAGCUGCCACUGCCACUCUCAAGGCAAUAGCCGAUUUGGCCAAACUUCCACAAGACAAUCUCAACGUUGGACAUUUGGAGCAACUACGGUUUUCGAUCUGGACAUUGUAUCUCAAUGUGACAACGACCUUGCUGACACACAACAAGCCUUCGCAACAGCUGGCCAAUUUGGUGGGAUUGCCAGCAUCGGCAGCCAAGAAUCCUGAUCACUUUGUUCUUGCUAUUUGGGAAAUGCUAUCCGAGGGAUACGGUGGUCCUGGCAACGUCGACCCACGACUUGUUUGUGCAUGUUUGAUCAUGACACUAAAGUUGCAGGUGAUCAAAACGGGUCGUCAAGUAGCCGAGGAGUGGUAUGCAAGUCUUCCAGAUGCAACUAUAGACUACUUUUCUUCUAUGGCCGAACAAGUCAACCGAGAACAAGCUGAUGUCUACUAUGACGGGUGUGUCAAUGCCAUCAACCAUUAUGCUACCCAAAUCCUUCCAGCCAUGAACGAUUACGAAUCCGCCAUAUCCUUUAUUCAGUACAAUGCAUUACUUAAUGAGGAAAAGAAAAAGUCAAUGCAAGCAGCGGUUGAGAAACACAGAGAUGGUGUCAUGCGUGAACGACAAAAGAAGUUGGAACAGCAACGUAAGGCGGAGCAUAUGGCACGAGUGGCAAAGGAAAAGGAACUUGCACGAUUGCAAGCUGAAAAGGAAGCUGAACAAGCAAGAAAGGAAGCAGAAGCAAGCAAAAAGAAGACAUCUCAACAACCAUUAUCACGUGAACGUAUUGUCAAUGGAUUACCAUCACCCGCUCUUUCGGUCAGAUCCUCUUCAUCAUCAUCGGAUGACGAUGAGAGAGUAUCAUCAAGCACAACACUCGCUACAGAAAGACGUCGCUCACUUGGCAUGGCAGCAACUGCAUCCCGAGGUAGUCCAGCAGCUAUCAAACAAUGGGCGCUUGAAACAUUCAACAACAACUCGCAUGCUGCCCUUGCCAUCCUCUUCCUUGUCUUUACUUUGCUUGGUAUUUUGCGUGGUUCUCGAGGUCAAUGGCCACAACCAAUCAAGGCAGCAUUCUCUAAGCUUUGGCAAACGAUUCAAAUGGGUACCAAGGUCACUUAUCUGUAA